UAUUCAGGCAAAAAUAAUUUUCGAUCCUCCUCCUUGUUUUCCCUCUCUUUUCCUGUCCUUGGAGGGAAAGAAAAACUCCGAAACUCCCCCGCCACCCUCAAAGAAAAAAAAAAAAAAAACCAAAGCUCUCUCCUUCUACUUGUAACAAAUUUUAGGGUUUUGAUUUACUCAUUUUUGCUUCUCUCUUUCUCUUCAAGUUUUUAUUUGAACUUGCUUGCUCCUCCUUUGCUUAUUUGCUGAAACACUUACUUAGCUCAGCUUCUUCACUUCUUGAUCUUGUCUGGUUCCAUUGUGCUUCAGCACGCUGGGUAGUGAUAGAAUCCUGAAGCUUGGGAAGGGACGCCUAGGGCAAUGCAAACAAAGAAAAGAAUUUCCAGAAGAAAUGCUUCUCAAGAGCAUGCCAGUCCCAAGGCUUCAAGACCUCAAAAGAAGAUAUCUGAAAAGGUGCAAGGUCCAGAGAAGAAAGUAACAGAGCUUAUUACAUCUUCUGUUAGGAAGCAGAGACUUGCUGAAACAAUCCCAAAGAAACAUGAAGAGCCUGUUGGGGCUACAAAUUUAAAUGCUAGAUUUGGCUUGCGGCAUGAUGAGACUUCUGAUGCUUGUUUGGGAUAUGAUGUGGCUAAUGACACUCAUGUAGAUCAUAAGAGUGGUGAUCACCAUAUGACAGGAACUAUAUUUUCUCCUGGCUUUCACAAACCUAAGGUUUCUGGAGGGGAGCUUGCAGGUGUAGACUCUAAAAUCCACCAAGAUGAAGGAAUCGAGGAAUCACAGAUUGAUAUGCUGGAUGCUCAUAUUACUGGGGAAGCUCUUAAGUCUACUUCUGGAGAGGAGAUGCUUGUCCUAGACACAAAUGCUAUGAUUUGUAACGCAGAUUCAGGAGCUGUCCUUUCAUCUGAAGUUUCAGCCAUAUACCUUGCCAUGAAAAACUCAAAAUUGGAAUGUAUUGAUGAGCAUGGUCAAGAUUCUAUGUCAACUGAUGUCUGUGUAGACGAUGAAUACUAUGAGGAAUUUGAUGACUUUGAUCCUUAUUUGUUUAUAAAGAACUUACCAGAGUUGUCAUCUGUUGUACCUACUUUUCGGCCUGUGCUGCUACCUAAGCAGACCCGGAGUUGCCCACCUACCACUCUUGUCUUGGACUUGGAUGAAACUUUGGUGCAUUCCACGCUAGAACCUUGUGAUGAUGCAGACUUCACAUUCCCUGUAAAUUUUAAUCUCCAGGAACACACUGUUUACGUUAGAUGCCGUCCUCACCUAAGAGAUUUUAUGGAAAGAGUUUCCAGUCUUUUUGAGAUCAUUAUAUUUACAGCUAGUCAAAGUAUUUAUGCAGAGCAACUUCUGAAUGUGCUUGAUCCAAAGAGGAGAAUAUUCCGCCAUCGUGUUUUCCGAGAAUCAUGUGUUUUUGUGGACGGCAAUUACCUUAAGGAUUUGUCAGUCCUUGGCCGUGAUCUUGCACAUGUUAUCAUUAUUGACAACUCUCCGCAGGCAUUUGGGUUCCAAGUAGACAAUGGAAUACCAAUUGAGAGCUGGUUUGAUGACCGUUCAGAUCAAGAACUACUGUUACUACUUCCAUUUUUGGAGAGCUUGGUUGGAGUUGAAGAUGUGAGGCCACUGAUUGCAAAGAAAUUCAAUCUUCGGGAGAAAAUAGCUGGAGCUGUUUAUCCUCCCUUAAAUUCAAACAGAGGAGACCCUUUUGAAAGGUGAACUUGAGUGUGAACAGUUUGAAUAGGACUGAUUUUGUCCUGUAUCAUAGACAGUUGUUCCUAGGAAUACAAUUCUGUUUGUUGAGGGCCUUUGCAUGAACAAGAUUUGAAAUUGCUAGUUUGAUUCCAACCAGAAGGAAGAAAAAUAAGUCAAGGUGUAGCCGUGUGUCGGACAGUCUGAAAUGAUUAACAUAGGUGAAAGUGCAAGACUGGUUUUAUAGGUAACUCUCAUUCUCUGAAUGAUGUUAGCCUAGAAAUAAUUUUUUCUUUUUGUAAUAAAUAUAGAAUAUAGAAUUAUGUUAUGGGUUGAAAAGUGGUUGCAAGUCAUCUUUCAGAAAUUUCUUUGGUAAUUGUUACCAAAUCAAGAACCUGUCUGAACAUAGGACCUGGAAAUUGUACGUCUAUUAUUUGCUAAUUUCUUUAUUUAUUGCAAAA